CUCCGGCCCGCCCGCCCGCCUCCUGGGCCGGCGUCAAUGGGGUGGAUGGUGUGCCUGGCUUGAGCUGAUGGGAGACGCGGGGCCUGGGAAGAUGCCGCUGGAGCCGGGUGUCGAUUUGAAGAUGAGUCCCAGGCUAGAGGUGAAGGUGGCCUCCCUCGCCUUGCUGCUGGUCCUGACCGUGCUGUGCGGGCUCUUGCCGGUGUGCGUCAUGAGGGUUGUGGCCGGCGGCUGUGUGGGCGCAGGCCAUCGCCGCGUUCUCAGUCUGCUCAGCUGCCUGGCUGGUGGGGUGUUCCUGGCCACCUGCCUCCUGGACCUGAUUCCGGACUUCCUGUCGGACAUGGCUGCAGUGUUGGACAAGAUGAAGAUCACCCUGGAGUUCCCCCUGCCAGAAUUCAUCGUCGCCAUGGGCUUCUUCCUGGUGCUGAUCAUGGAGCAGAUCACACUGGCCUGCCGGGACCAGAUGGCAGACACUGACGAGCAGAGCAGGUCCCUGUUGGGCCAUCCGUCGCCCCCGGAGAACCCUUCCUUCCAUUUCCACGUGGACUUCAACUCCCACUCGGCCAUCCGUUGCGUGGUGCUUGUGCUGGCACUCUCCCUACACUCAGUUUUUGAGGGGCUGGCGCUAGGCGUGCAGGAGACGGGCGCCAGAGUGGUGGAGAUCUGCAUUGCCCUGUCCGUUCACAAGUGCAUUGUGGCCUUCAGCCUGACUCUGAAACUGGUGCAGAGCAGGCUGAGGUUGGCAGUGGUGGUGGCUUGUGUUGUGACCUUUGCUGUCAUGUCACCGCUGGGCAUCGGGGUGGGCAUUGUGCUGACCGAGGACUCCAGCCACCAGCUCGUCCGCGCUGUGCUGGAGGGCAUAGCUACUGGCACCUUCAUCUACAUCACCUUCAUGGAGAUUCUACCCCACGAGCUCAACUCGCCCCACCAUCGUAUCCUCAAGGUCGUAAUGCUUAUCCUGGGUUUCUCCCUCAUUACCGGUGUCCUCUUUAUCAAGGUGUGAGGAGAAUGAGCUGAAGGUACAUUCCUGUGUCUCCUCUCUUCCCAUCACUCGGAUUCUUUGUUUUAACCCCACGCCUCCAUUUGGCUUCCUGUGGUCUGGCAAGUGGUCAUUCAAUUUCCCACUACAGCUGGCCUCUCCUCUCUCUCUCUCUCUCUCUCUCUCUCUCCUUCACUCAUCUCAGUCCCUCUCUCACUCUGUCUAAUCUCUCCCCUUACCCUCUUACCCUCUCCCCUCCUUUUCUCUGAUUUCUUUCUCU